AUGGCGCGCCCGAGAAAGGACGUCAAGUUCAACCACCAGGUCCGCAGCGCCAGCAACGGCAGGGCGCGGAGACCCUCGCAGAGCAUGUCCGAGUACAGCGACCCGGGCAGUCCGACUAUCAAAGAAGAGACGGCCCCUCCCGCCUCCGAACAGCCCCCCCAGACCGAGUACGAGAAGAAGAAGGCCAACUUCAUAACGCGCACCACAUGGACCCUCGUCAUGAUUGCCGGCUUCUUCUGGGCCCUCGGCGCCGGCCAUCUCUUCAUCAUCAUCAUCGUCACGGCAGUCCAGGUCAUAUCCUUUAAGGAGGUCAUCGCAAUCGCAAAUGUGCCCAGCAAGGCCCGCAGCCUGCGCUUCACCAAGUCGCUGAACUGGUACUUCCUCGGCACCGCCAUGUACUUCCUCUACGGCGAGAGUGUCAUAUACUACUUCAAGCACGUCCUGAUGGUCGACCGUCUGCUGCUGCCCUUGGCUACCCACCACAGGUUCAUCUCCUUCAUGCUGUACAUAAUCGGCUUCGUCUUCUUCGUCUUCUCGCUCCAGAAGGGCCACUACAAGUUCCAGUUCACCCAGUUUGCUUGGACGCACAUGGCCCUCUUCCUCAUCGUUGGACAGGCGCACUUUGUCAUCAACAACAUCUUCGAGGGAUUCAUCUGGUUUAUCCUCCCCGUGUCCAUGGUCAUUACCAACGACAUAUUUGCCUACCUCUGCGGUAUCACGUUUGGACGGACACCCCUCAUCCAGAUUUCGCCCAAGAAGACAUGGGAGGGCUUCCUCGGUGCCUGGUUCUUCACUGUUAUCUGGGGUAUGCUCGUUGUCCACUUCCUCGGCGACUACAAGUACUUCAUCUGCCCUGUCAAUGAUCUGGGCGCAAACAUCUGGUCCGGCCUCGAAUGCAGGCCAAACCCGGUCUUCAUCGCGCGCGACUAUACCGUUCCCUUCCUUCCCGAGGGUCUCCCCAUCCCGCGAACAUUCAACAUUAUGCCAGUGCAAUUCCACGUCAUCAUGCUCGGAACCUUUGCGUCUCUUAUCGCGCCCUUCGGCGGCUUCUUCGCUUCUGGCCUGAAGCGCACCUUCAAGAUCAAGGAUUUUGGAGACUCAAUCCCCGGUCACGGUGGAAUGACUGACCGCAUGGACUGCCAGUUCAUCAUGGGCUCGAUCGCCUUCUUCUACUACUCGAGCUUCAUCGCCGUGCACCACACCACAGUCGGUGGAGUGAUUGAAGCAGCCAUCACCGGACUCACCUACGAGGAGCAAAUGGAGGUUGUCAAGAUCAUGAGCAAGCACUUGGUGAACCAGGAAGUAAUAUCGCCAAAGGUUCUUGAACUUCUUUCAGAACAAGUCGUGAGGAGCGCACCCUCAGCUGCGAACGACACUUUCUUCUCGCAGCCCGGGGCUGCCCUGAACGGCUUCCGGUCCUUUGCAGAAAAGCCUCGCGCCUUCCCUCCGCACACUUCACGAGAUAGACCUCCGCUCGCCCAGCUCCCGACCUACAUCCUCUACGAACAUGUGCGGGCCGAGGGCGCCAAGGGAAACUUCGACGAAGUCAUGAACAUCUGCAGGGUCUUGAUUAAAGACAGAGGGGAGGUGCCGAACCGGGAGAUGUACACCGCCGUACUACACAGCUUCGUCGACUCAGUCAAUGGCACGGCGGGAAAGGUCCGCAAGGUGCUGGAAGAGAUGGGCUUCUGGGACGAGACUGAUGGAUCUCUGACCGGAAAGCCAAGAAUCUUGCUGGAUGCACGGGGCUGUGAAUGCGUGCUUGAGGUGCUCGCAGUGCACCCGGACUACCUCCUUCGCACCGACAUCCUCGAAUACAUGAAGUCGCGAUGGUUCAUGCCAUCCGACCGUGCGCGCAACUUCAUCAUAGCCGGGAUGCUACGCGAGCGACAUUUCGAACACGCACUCGAGUUGCUGGAGGAGAUGGUCAGGAACAAAGCACGCGUAGAGAGCUGGCUGUUUGACAAGGCUAUAUGGAUGUUGCUGGAGUUUGGUGAAGUCGAGGAAGCAUUCUACGUGCUCAGUCUCAAGGAGGGUGUACACAGCAAGAGUAGCGGAACAGGUACAGUCCAGUUCAGCAUCGCUCUCUGGGGAGCUUUGCUAGACGCCGCGGCGCACAAGCAGCUCUUCGCAGAGACGAGCCUCGUAUGGAUUGCGCAAGUUCAGCCGGGCUACCUGAAGCCUGGCACUGGCACCUGUCUGCACGUACUCACUCUCGCCUCACGACAUGGAGACAUCCAGCUCGCUACCGAUGUCUUUCGCGUCCUGACCGAACGAGGUACAACGUUCACCUCGCAACACUAUGAACUGCUCAUAUCCACAUACCUAAACGCCAACGACCUCCACGCAGCUCUGUCUGUCAUCCUCAUCAUGGUCGAUUCGAACUUGAAGGUCAACUCUGGGACCUGUGAUCCUCUCUACUGGUAUCUAUCCGCAAAAGAUCAUAGCGAUGAUAGCAGACCGAUGCAAGCCUUCAGAUAUCUGCAAGACUUUGAGACUUCAGGCCGUAAAGUUCCCACCGCUGCCGUCAACGCAUGCAUCAAAGCCAGCAUCGCAAGCAAACGCCUCGAAGAGGGCAUCGAGAUUUACAAAGCCCUGCACACGGUAUCUCAUGCUGGCCCGAACACAGAAACGUUUAACAUUCUGUUUCAAGGCUGCCAUAGAUCCGCCCGCAAGGAGCUUGCCAUGUUCUUUGCGAACGAGAUGGUCAAGCUGGGUCUCAAACCUGACCGCAUUACGUAUGAUCGUCUGAUCCUGGUGUGCCUAGAAUCGGGUGACCUGGAAGAUGCUCUGCUCUACUAUGAGGAGAUGCGGUCAACGGGCGCGACAGCUGGCAAAAAGGGCCCCUUGAAGCCUAGAAGGAAGACGUGGGAGACGUUGAUCCACAGGUGUGUCUUGAAGGGCGACGAGAGGGCAGUUGCGCUGUUGAAGGAUUACAAAGCUAGUGUGGAGGAACCGCGAAUCGCAGUGGAGCGAGCUGUCAUCGAUCGCUUCGAGUAUGGCAUCAUACCGACCAAUCUGGCGGAGAUCGGACGAGCGACAUCCGAGCAGACAGCCGAAGCUGUCAAAGACCGACAUGGCAAGCCGGAGGCUGGUCAAACCCCAGACGCUGACUCGGAAACGUCGGAGGGACGAAGUGGGGCGGAGCCUGAAGGAACGAGCUCGAGUGCGAACACCGAGACGGGGACACAGAGAGCCGAAUCCGUUGACGGGCUUUCACAGCUUAUGAGAGUUAGCAAGAGCACCAAGCAGUACUAG